AUGACUGAAACGGAAAGACUAAUGCCUAGCAGUGGCUCUCAGAACAGGAAGCCGUCAAUUACAGGCCACUUGAUCCUGAGCAUGGUAGUGGCGUGCUUGGGGUCUGUCCAGUACGGAUACCACAUAGCAGAGUUGAAUGCGCCCCAGCAGUUCUUAUCGUGCUCCAAGUUUGACUCCCCCGACGAGAACAUAUCGUACGGAGACACCUGGGUGGGCCAACACGGUCUCAAGCAAUGUAUUGCGCUGAGCGAUUCCCAGUUCGGUGCCGUAACGUCCAUACUUAGUAUUGGUGGGCUGUUUGGGUCGUACUACGCGGGGAACUGGGCCAAUCGGUACGGGAGGAAGUACGUCAGCAUGGGCGCCUCAGCCAUGUGCAUGGUGUCGUCUUUGAUUCUCUUCUACUCCAACUCGUAUCUGCAGCUGCUCUUCGGCAGGUUUCUCGUGGGCAUGUCUUGCGGUACCGCGAUCGUAAUCACGCCACUGUUCAUCAAUGAGAUCGCGCCCGUGGAGUGGAGGGGUGCCAUGGGGUCCAUGAAUCAGGUGUCCAUCAACCUGGGCAUCCUGCUGACGCAGACCCUGGCGCUCAAGUACGCGGACUCCUACAACUGGAGAUGGUUACUGUUUGCCGGCUCCGUCAUAGCCUUGGCAAACAUUUUGAUAUGGCUCAGAGUAGAUGAGUCGCCCAGAUGGCUUCUGAACAAGGGGUUUGUUCCUGAGGCGGAGAUGGUUUUGUUCAAGCUGCGUCCCGGCACGUACCAGCAGGCGAAGCAAGAGAUCCAGGACUGGCAGCAUGGCGACGCACAGGACCGCGACUCGGAGUCCGGCGCAACAGCAACACACUCGGGACCCACACUGUGGCAGUACGUGCGCGACCCCUCGUACAAGAAGCCGCGCACGGUCAUCCUGACCAUCCUGUCGUGCCAGCAGUUCUGCGGCAUCAACUCGAUUAUCUUCUACGGCGUGAAAGUGAUCGGCAACCUCCUGCCGGACUACUCGAUCCAGAUCAACUUCGCGAUCUCCAUCCUGAACGUCGUGGUGACGCUGCUUGCCUCAGCAAUCAUCGACCACGUCGGGCGCCGCCCAUUGCUGCUCGCCUCCACCACGGCGAUGACCGCCAUGUCGCUGCUGAUCAGUCUCGGUCUCACCAUGGGCGUGUCCUUCUUGCUAGUCACGGCCACGUUCGUGUACAUUGCCGCGUUCGCGAUCGGCCUGGGGCCCAUCCCGUUCCUGAUCAUCGGCGAGCUAUCGUACCCGCAGGAUGCUGCCACCGCACAGAGCUUCGGUACUGUGUGCAACUGGCUGGCCACCUUCAUCACCGGAUACCUCUUCCCCAUAGCCCACGGCCUAAUGGGCGGCUACGUGUUCGCGACCUUCGCUGCCAUCGCCGCCCUGUUUGCAACGUACGUGUACAAGAGAGUCCCCGAGACCAAGGGCAAGACUACGUACAGCGAGGUGUGGGCCGGCUACUGA